CGCCGGCUGACGUGGCGGGGCUGAGACCUGCGGGCCUGCGCGGCGGGUGCGGAAACGCCCGGGGCAGCAAGCGGGCGCGGGUACUGCACCAUGCCGCUGGAACUGGAGCUGUGUCCGGGGCGCUGGGUGGGUGGAAAGCACCCGUGCUUCAUCAUCGCGGAGAUCGGCCAGAACCACCAAGGAGACAUAGAUGUGGCCAAGCGCAUGAUCCGAACUGCCAAGGAGUGUGGGGCCGACUGCGCUAAGUUUCAGAAGAGCGAGUUGGAGUUCAAGUUUAACCGGAAGGCCCUGGAGAGACCGUAUACUUCGAAGCAUUCAUGGGGGAAGACGUACGGGGAGCACAAGCGGCAUCUAGAAUUCAGCCACGACCAGUACAAGGAGCUGCAGAGCUAUGCGCACGAGAUCGGCAUCUUCUUCACUGCCUCUGGCAUGGACGAGAUGGCAGUUGAGUUUCUGCAUGAACUGAAUGUUCCCUUUUUCAAAGUUGGGUCUGGGGACACUAACAAUUUUCCCUACCUGGAAAAGACAGCCAAGAAAGGUCGUCCUAUGGUGAUCUCCAGCGGGAUGCAGUCAAUGGACACCAUGAAGCAAGUCUAUCAGAUCGUGAAGCCGCUGAAUCCCAACUUCUGCUUCCUCCAGUGCACCAGCGCGUACCCACUACAGCCCGAGGAUGCCAACCUGCGUGUCAUCUCGGAAUACCAGAAGCUCUUUCCCGACAUUCCCAUCGGGUAUUCCGGGCACGAAACGGGCAUCGCCAUAUCUGUGGCCGCCGUGGCUCUGGGGGCCAAGGUAUUGGAACGUCACAUAACGUUGGACAAGACCUGGAAGGGGAGUGACCACUCAGCCUCGCUGGAGCCUGGGGAGCUGGCAGAGCUGGUGCGGUCUGUGCGCCUGGUGGAGCGGGCCCUGGGCUCCCCAACCAAGCAGCUGCUGCCCUGUGAGAUGGCCUGCAAUGAGAAGCUUGGCAAGUCUGUGGUAGCCAAAGUGAAAAUCCCAGCAGGCACCAUCCUGACCCUGGACAUGCUCACUGUGAAGGUGGGGGAGCCCAAAGGCUAUCCUCCUGAAGACAUCUUCAACCUAGUGGGCAAAAAGGUGCUGGUCACUAUCGAAGAAGAUGACACGGUCAUGGAGGAAUCCGUGGAAAGUCACAACAAGAAAAUCAAGGCUUAAAAUAAAAGUGCCACUGCGGCUUGUCAGCCACCCUGCGACUGCUGUCCAGUGUGUUGGGUGCAGAGGGGCAGGAAUGUCAGUCUCCAGGCCACCCUGUCGCAGUGGCCACCUGUGUCCAGCCCAUUGGGAAGGAGGAGCCAAUGAGGCUGUUGUGCUUCGGAGCAUCCAGCCAGAGAAGGUGGCCCAGAACACAUGCAGCAACUUUAGGGUCUCCGUGUGGCUCUGUUGACAUCUUGAGCCUUCAAGUUCCCACUCUACAAAGCAACUCCAGGGACCUGAGCUCUCAGUUCCUAUAGAGCACCGAACGGUGGGCAUUAGACUCUGCCUGAGGCCCUGUGGGCAGAGACAAGCUCUCCCGACUCUGUGAGCGAAGGCAGGGACAGAGCAUUCACCCCCUUUGGCAGUGUCACCGCCAGAGGCCUACGGUUCUUAGCAGCCAGUCCCUUUCUCAGAGGCCUGUCCUCAGACAUCAGGUGCACACUAACCCAUGGUACAGUUGGCCAAGGAGAGGCAGCUGUGAGAAGGGGAAUGGGAAGCAGGGAGGAACACGGGUCUGUGAGGGGGUGGCGGGGUGGGGUGUGGAGCUUGUUCAUCUUAGCCACGGGGGAGGUGCAGACAUCAGCCCUGCCGUAAGCACCAGGGUCUUGUCACAUAUGACAGAUUACAAACCAGACAAAGGUGCUAUUGUUUGACUUGCUUAAGGGCAUGAACUCUUACCGAGGUUCACUGUCACAUUCACUUUGUUCUUUGGAAUCAAUGCUGAGAUUAAUCAUUUUGUUCUUUUUAAGUA